GAGCCCGGCCCCGCGGCUCGGAGGGGAGCCCGGCCCCGCGGCGCUGAGCCCGGCCCGGCUCCGCUCCCCUCCAUGGAGGCGGCCAACGGGGCCCUGCCCGAGGCAGCGGCGGGGGGUUCCCGCGGCAGCGCGGCCGUCCCGUCGGGCAAGAAGGAGGUGAAGGUGGUGAUCGUGGGGGACGGCGGCUGCGGGAAGACCUCGCUGCUGCUGGUGUUCGCCAAGGGCGCCUUCCCCGAGCAAUACGCGCCGUCUGUCUUCGAGAAAUAUACUACCAGCGUUACGGUGGGCAAGAAGGAGAUCACCCUGAAUCUGUACGAUACCGCAGGGCAGGAGGACUAUGAUCGACUGCGACCGCUCUCGUACCAGAACACAAAUGUCGUCUUAAUUUGUUACGAUGUCAUGAACCCCACUAGCUAUGAUAAUGUAGCAGCCAAGAAGAAGCCAAAACAACACCGAAAAGAAACCCACCAAAAAACUCCCCCCAAGAAACCCCAACCAGAUGUAAAGGUUUUGUUUCUCUCCCAUCAGUGGUAUCCUGAAGUGAAUCACUUCUGCCAGGGCGUCCCGCUCGUCCUGAUCGGCUGCAAGACAGACCUUCGGAAAGACAAAGAGCAGCUGCGCAAGCUCAGGGCUUCUAAGCAGGAACCCAUUACUUACAACCAGGGUGAAGCAGCUUGUCAGCAGAUAAAUGCAGAAAUUUAUCUGGAGUGCUCAGCAAAAUGUCGUGAAAACAUAGAAAGUGUUUUUAAAGAAGCAACAACCAUCGCACUGAACGCCAUGAAAAAAGCCAAGCGCCAGAAGAAACAGACAGUGUGCUCAGUGCUGUGAUCUGGACUGCAAGAGAGCAUUGACUGCACCUGAUUCAGAUUAUAAAAGCAGUAGAAGUUAAAAGACUUUUUUUUUUCCCCAUUACAUGUUUGUAUUACUGAAACCAUUUUUAAGUUGUGGUUAUUUUUCCUGUUUUUGCACUUUUGUUGCCCUGUGCCCCGUUUUCAGAGCUCUUUACCACGGUUAACUGAUGCCACAUUCCUUUGUCCAUCUGGCUUUUGCUAUGAACUGCAGUUUACCACCAGUCAGGUCUUGGACUCACUAUUUAAACUGCAAUGAACAGUGACUGCUGGCAUAUGACUUCAUUAGUGGGGGAGGUUUUCCCUCUGCAAAAUAAUUGUGGCAUGAGGUCAUAUAGAAUUUACUGGGUUUUUUUCAAGCAGAAAAGCUGAAAAGCCACAUCUUUUAGAAGAAGCAGUGUUAGAGCAGCUUACCAGGCACCUUUCAAGAGAGAAAUGGAAGUUCUGUGCUAACAUUGGUAUGAGCUGGCCUCAAGUUGCACCCAGAGUGCACAGACUGUACCUCUGGGCCAGCUUUGCAGAGCUGCACAACCUGGUGCCUCCAAUCUCCUGGUUCUUUUGCACAUCGUCAUGCCAUGAAAUCACAGAUUUCAGGAGCAAUCAUUAGUUUGUAGCCAUCAACCAAACCAUGGAUGAGGAAGGAGGUUUCUGCAGUACAGGUGUUGCUGAAAGCUGUGUCAGGCCAACAACUCCUGCCCAUCCCCAGGGAGGAUACACCCUCACAAGACACCACCUUUUGCUAAAAAGUUUGCGUGGUGCAUUGCAGGAGUCUACUGCUAGACAACCAUUGCACAUGGAGCCAGGUAACUGGACAUCACACAGCUUUCAUGCAGCUUUGUCCCCUGCUGGUUACAUGACCAGCUGGUGAAAACCUCUGGAGCAAUCUAUCAUUAUUUUACAGGCAGCUUGAAGAUGUUUUGAUCCUUGAAAUCUUCCUUUUUUUUUUGCCCUCCCUAAUGUGUUUUGAUUUAAUCUAGGUUUGUAAAUCCCUACAAGCUUAAAAUGGAAAAUUAAAAAAAAAAAUAAAUUGCAAAUUUGUGCAUA